AGGGCUGUGGGAAAAGAAGAAGGGGUGUGGCAACGACCCGAACGGCAGAAGGCAAAAGGAAGACAGGCUUCAGCCCUUGACAAGGGGUCGGGGAGGGACCAGUGGACCACAACGGCAAGGAGAAUGACUGACAGGGCAGAAAGAGACAGACGGUGGAGGGAACAAUUGGAAAAUAAGAGGAACCCAUUCUGCGGUCUGUACCACACUAUCCCGUACUUUACGGAUACCUUUCUUUACCAGUGGAAGAGUCUAGGUUUCCAGGACCAGGAGUCAGGGACCCAGCACCCAAGACCGACAGGGCAGGCCUACGCAGUACACAGUAGGCUCAAGACAAGGAUCGGGGCGACGACCCAGGGCGACCGACGAUGA